UGAAAAGACAGAUAUUGUUUUGUCCUGCCCUUGUCCUCUGGUCUGUCCUCUGCAAACAAUGUGGGGUUGUGAAUAUUUUGGUGAAUGUCCCUGAAAAUGUCAUGCUUAUUGUAUCAGUUAAUAACAAAUUCAAUUAUUCCCUUGUCAUUUGGGAAAUUGGAGACCUUUGGCUAUGUUUAUAAAAAGAUAGACGAAAUGGCGUUAUCGUCUUUUGAAAAUGUCAAGCUCUCUGAAUCUUGUGUGGCUCUCCACCUUGUCCCCUCCCAGCCUGUGAUGGUCAGCCACGAUCACCUCUCACUCACAUGGCUGCAUCCACCGUUGGGGUCACCGAGGUCCGGACCUCGGUUUUUUUCCUGAAGUGUAUAUUAAAAGUCAUAAAAUAAUUGCCUAAUAAUAAGUCUUUGGUGCCGCAAGGCUCAUACCACGCAAAGAUAACUUGCACCAAUUAAAGCUCAGCUUUGGGAAGGGAAGCAGCAGGGGACAAGAUGAGACUGAGAGAAAAAGAAAAAGAGAUGAUGAUGAAGAUGAGAAAGGAAGAGCAGGGGCCAGAAUGCAAAUUCAGCCAUAUAUAUGCAGUUUAAUUUAGUAAGCAUGUUUCUUUCAAAACAGUGUUGUUACAUAGAAUAAAGAAUCGUAUUGAUAUUGGCAUUAUUAUUUAAAGACACUAAUGUCUGUUCAUUGUAUUCUAAUUUGGUUGUUAAUAAUGAAACCUAUUCCACUACCAUCAAAUAGUAAAUUUGAUGUGUCAGUUUUAAGUGUGUUGGGGAGCAAGUGAGGUAAAAAGCCACAGACAAUGUUAUACACAUAGAAAACAAAUGCCAAAUGUGCUUACGUACAUAAAUGUCCUUCUUAAUCGGUUGCAACAGAUUCUCUUGUUUUUCAUUUGGGGUGCUAGAUAAUUAUGCCUUUUCAGGUCACUGCUUUGUCUAUGGAAAGGUCUCUGGUUUUGUAUCAUUGGGUUAUCUAUGACUCUCCAGUCAGGUGGGUCUGUGUGACAAACACUGCGCGUGUGUGUGUGUGUGUGUAUGCUAGUGUAUCUGUCACACUCCUUUAUAAGGGAGAUCUGGGAUUUAGGACAAUCAAAAAUCUCUUCGAACCAGACAGAGCUACAACUGCCGACAUUAGAAGACGAGAGCCUUAUUGCCAACCUUCAUCAGUUCUAACAUCUUCUAGUUUUUCUCCAACUAUUUCAUGAUGUGGAAAGCCGUGGUGCUGGCUGUGUGUCUGCUACUGGCUGGAGUGAGGGCGUAUGAUGGACCCUCAUAUGGGGUGAAACUGUGUGGUCGUGAAUUUAUCCGCGCAGUCAUCUUCACUUGCGGAGGCUCACGCUGGAGACGCUCCAUCACAAGCACAGAUGACCUGAGUGUUGACCCGUUUGGCUCAGGCAUCAGAGAUGCUGCAGAAGGCUUGGUGUUGCCCUCUCACCCAAAGUUCUCCCUCCAGCAUGACACUGAGCCCAUCUCUUUUGAUAUGGUGCGAGGAGGGCAGGAGGCCUCUGAGUUCAGUCGUCCUGCCCGCUCCAUCAUCUCAGAUGAAGUACUGGAAGCCCUGCGCACCUCCAGCAGGAAAGGCCGGGAUGUGGUAGUAGGACUGUCCAACGCCUGCUGCAAAUGGGGCUGCAGCAAGAGCGAGAUCAGCUCCCUCUGCUGAGACCAGUCGCUCUAGCACUUGUGUUCGUGUGUGUGUGUGUGUGUGCGCGCUUGAGCGUCCUUUCCUUCCUGUCUUUGACCUUAGCUUGAUGAACCCAAGAUUUAGCAUUUUUCCCCACAAAAUGUUUAUCUGUAUCAGUUUAACAGCGAGUUUAUGCUUGCCACCAAACACGUUACAAAUCAUAUUCAGUUGUAUUUGAUUAUUUUUAUUAAAUAAAGUUAAGUCCUGAA